CCAUCUUGGCUACAGAGCUAAACACUCGUGUUGUUGUCUUUCUCUGAUCUUCUCGUGAGAUUAUCUACUGUAAACCCACAUCUUGAAACAUGGUGGCAGCGUGGUUAGCUAAUUUAUCUUGAACUCAACUGGAACUUCAAGUUGUGGGCUGUGUUUUGACGAAUUUCCUUGCUAAAUUCGCGUUCAAAACUCGCUCGACUCUCGACCUCAGACCACGUGGAUUGAACCUACACUGCUCUGUACUCUGCCAUGCCUGCUACUGGCGAAUCUGAAGAGACUCCUCCAGCUCCUCCACCUGCAGCAUCAUCUUUUCAGCCGGGUUAUGCCUUUAAACCGCCUGAGCCCGUGAAAUUGGCAAAGAAUGGAGUUGAAAGUUGGAAAAUAUGGAAACAGCUGUGGCAGCAUUAUUGUAUCGUCUCUAACGCCGAUUCACACUCGCCUCAAUUCAAGAAAUCUCUCUUGAUCUCUACCAUGGGAAUAGAAGCUUUACAAAUCUACAAUGGCUGUGACCCUGUAGAAACUGACACUGCUAAAGAUAUACUAACCAAACUUGAUGCUCACAUACUUGGUGAAACCAACGAGACCUUCGAGAGGUACAAGUUCAACACUCGAGUCCAGAAACCUGAUGAGAGUAUUGACAGCUAUGUUGCAAGCCUGAAGACAUUGGCCGAGACUUGCAAUUUCUGUGAGUGCUUGAAAACUUCCUUACUGAGGGAUAGAGUGGUACUUGGUGUGAAAGAUGAUCAUACCAGAAAGCGUCUGCUGCAAGAAGGAAAACUCACUCUACAGAAAGCACUUGACAUUUGUCACAGUUAUGAGAAAACGUCUGAUCAACUGAAGAUUAUUUCUGGAAAGGAAGAGGAGGUACACCGAUUGAAUAUAAACAAGCAAAAAACAAAAGGAGCUUCACAUGGUCAAAGGAACAAGCCAGUCGGUAAUGGUAAACCUGGAGGCACGAAUCCUCGUCAAGCUGCUAAAUGCAAAUUUUGUGGCUAUUCUCACACUCUAAAGAAGGAAUUCUGCAAAGCUUGGGGGAAGAGAUGCAAUAAUUGCAAGGCUCCCAACCAUUUCUCGAGUUGCUGUCCAAGUUUGGGAGGCAAGAAACAAGUCCAUACUGUUGGUGACGGAUCUGACUCCGAUUCCUCUGCUGAAAUGGUAUGCCCAGUCAUAUCUGAGUCAAUUAACUCUGUCUCUAGUGGUCCCUUAUAUGCUGAGAUGUGUCUAAAAGAUGGACGGAGAGUCAAAUUCCAGGUUGAUUGCGGUGCCACAGUCAAUGUUAUAAAUCAGAAAUAUGUGCCGCAAAACACUCAACUACAAGAAUCGAAAAAUACACUGAGCAUGUACAACAAAACUACUCUUAAACCAGUGGGAAAGUGUCGGAUUAUCACUAUAAAUCUGACUACGAAGAAGAAGUAUAAUGUCAUGUUUGAAGUUGUGAAAGAGGAUUUAACACCCUUGCUUAGCAGAAAGGCAGCGGAACAGAUGAAGCUCAUCACGGUCAACUAUGAUAACUUCAAGCAGGUCCAUGUAGUCGCUGAUGGAUUCACAGAAUUAGUGACUGAAUACAAAGCUGUAUUUGACGACACUGCUGUAGGAUGUUUCUCAGGAAAAGUAAAUCUCAAGGUUGAUGGCAAUGCCGUGCCUACUCAAAGUCCACCACGACGAGUACCUAUCAGUGUUAAACCUGCACUUGAAAAAGAGUUACACAACCUUGUCAAGCUUGGAGUCCUGAAGCCUGUAACUGAGCCAACUCAAUGGUGCUCACAGAUCUCUAUACAGAAGAAGAAGAAUGACCAGCUCAGGAUCUGUCUUGACCCAAGAGUCUUGAAUGAAGCUCUUCAGAGGGAAAUAUACCCUCUCCCGACAAUUGAUGAUAUCCUGCCUGAGCUCGCCAAUGCUAAGCUGUUCAGUAAGUUUGAUCUUGCUCAUGGUUACUGGCACUGUGAACUUGAUGAAGAGAGUAGUUACAUGACCACAUUCAUCACUGUGAAUGGCAGAUUUCGUUGGUGUCGUCUCCCAUUUGGUCUCAAAGUCAGUUCUGAGAUAUUCCAGCGUAAGCUCAUGGAGAGUCUAUCAGGUCUUCGUGGAGUGGUCUGUGUGGCUGAUGACAUUCUAGUUUAUGGACAUUCUGAGGGUGACCAUGAUGAGAAAUUGAGAUAUCUACUUGAUGUUUGUGCUAGAAAUAACAUUAAGCUGAAUCACCAGAAGAGUGUGUUCAAGACCACUGAAGUUGAGUUCCUUGGUCACGUCGUGACAAGUGAGGGUCUAAAACCUGAUAUGAAGAAAGUCGAAGCCAUUCUUAAAAUGGAAAACCCCACUGAUGUUGAGGGAGCUCGACGUGUCCAGGGAAUGGUAACUUAUCUCGCAAAGUUCCUUCCACAACUCUCCACGGUAAUGGAUCCUAUUCGUCGACUCACUAGACAAGAUGUGGAAUGGGAAUGGAGUGAGGAACAGGAUCAUGCGAUGAAAGAAAUAAAGAGACUAGUGACUACAGCUCCUGUACUUGCUUAUUAUGAUCCUGACAAAGAACUUGUGAUUCAAUGUGAUGCCUCGAGCACUGGUUUAGGCACUGUUUUACUACAAGAAGGAAAGCCGCUGUGUUAUGCCAGUCGUGCCCUUACUGCUACGGAAUGCGGGUACGCGCAAAUUGAGAAAGAGUGCCUGGCAAUUGUGUUCUCGCUGGAACGUUUCCACCAAUAUACGUUUGGACGGAAAACCAUUGUGCAUAGUGAUCAUAAACCACUGGAAAUGAUUGUACGCAAGCCACUGCACAAGUCCCCAAAGCGUCUUCAAGGUAUGAUGCUUAGACUUAUACAGUAUGACAUUGAAGUUGUAUAUAAGAAGGGCAAGGAGAUGUACAUAGCUGAUACUUUAUCUCGUGCAUACUUGCCUGAUGAUACUGAACACAAGGAUAGUUUUGCUAAGAUUAAUGCUGUUGGUCACCUAAGAAUUAGAGAAGAAAGGCUUAGACAGCUAAAGAAAGCCACUGAAAUGGAUGAUACUCUGCAAACUCUGAAAUCAGUCAUUCUUAAAGGAUGGCCAGACUCGAGACAGGAACUGCCUACUCAGGUUACACCAUACUUUUCAUAUAGAGAUGAACUGACCUUACAUGAUGGAUUGAUCUUCAAGGGAGAACGAGUCAUCGUUCCUGAGAGCAUGCGUAAGGAGAUCAAAGACCAUCUCCACAUAUCACAUCUUGGAGUGGAUACUGGGAAGUUGACCUUCUUAAGAAAACUGACUCCCCUGCAGUGAUUAGGAAACUGAAACAACACUUCUCAAGAUAUGGUGUUCCUGUACAACUAGUCAGUGAUGGAGGACCUCAGUUUGAUGCCAAA